AUGGCAGCCAUGCCUCAAACACCGCAUAAAGAUGACCUUCCCGAAACGUGGUCGUUCCUCGAGGCGGGAAUCGAUAAUGUGAUGAUGAAGCUGGAGGAAGGAGUUGACAUGAAGCAUGUGAGUGACUCGAACGCCCUCAUCCAGAAUGAAGCGACUGGCUCUCAUUUGAAUGUCCUUAAACUUACCUCGGUCUUCUUUACCUACGCCGUCCACAACUUUUGUACCUCACAGAAAGCCGUUACCAGCAGUCAAGGUCUACAAGCCCACCGAGGAGCACACCUCUUGGGCGAAGAGCUUUACAAGUUGUUAGGCGAGUAUCUAUCGCGCCAUCUGGCUGUUGUCUACAAGGAAUCCCAAAGUCACGCCGAAGAAGCUCUCCUAGCAUUCUACAUCCGCGAAUGGUCACGAUACACCACCGCCGCCAAAUACAUCAACCAUUUGUUCAGCUACCUCAAUCGACACUGGGUGAAGCGCGAGAUCGAUGAGGGCAAGAAGAAUGUUUACGACGUUUACACUUUGCAUCUCGUCAAGUGGAAGGAGGAUUUCUUUGAGCAUGUUCACGAGAAGGUGAUGGAUGCCGUGCUAAACCUCAUUGAGAAACAGCGCAACGGCGAAACCAUCGAACAAUCCCAGAUCAAGAGCAUCGUUGAUUCAUUCGUCUCUCUGGGCCUGGACGAGAACGAUAGCAAGAAGCCCACCCUCGAAGUCUAUCGAACCUAUUUCCAGACGCCGUUCAUUGCAGCCACCAAGCAAUAUUACGAAAACGAAUCCCGACAGUUUGUGGCGGAGAACAGCGUUGUCGAGUACAUGAAGAAGGCGGAGGCUCGACUUGCAGAGGAGAAAGAUCGGGUCGGCCUUUAUUUGCACCCCGAUGUCACCAAGCUACUUACCGAGACGUGCCUCGACGUCCUUGUCACCGCCCAUUCCAACUUGCUUCGCGAUGAGUUCCAGAUUCUCCUGGACAAUGAGCGUCAGGAAGACCUUGCCCGCAUGUACCGACUCCUAUCUCGCAUCAAGGAGGGACUGGACCCUCUGCGUGCUACCUUUGAAAACCAUGUGCGACGAGCUGGUCUAGCUGCUGUUGAGAAGGUCGCAUCGGAGGGUGAUAACUUCGAGCCCAAGCUCUACGUGGACGCCCUUCUACAGGUUCAUACCCGGUAUCAAAAUCUCGUUGACGAGGCUUUCAAUGGCGAGUCUGAGUUUGUGCGUUCUCUCGACAAUGCUUGUCGCGAAUUUGUCAACCGAAACCGCAUCUGCAAGACAACGACGACUCGCUCUCCAGAGCUUCUGGCAAAAUACACCGAUGGCCUACUGAAGAAGGGUUCUAAGGCUGCGGAGGAGUCCGAACUGGAGGAAAUGCUCACGCAGAUCAUGACUGUCUUCAAAUACAUCGAGGACAAAGAUGUUUUCCAAAAGUUUUAUUCUAAGAUGUUGGCGAAACGUCUGGUGCAUGUCAGCUCGGUGUCCGACGAUGCAGAGACCAGUAUGAUCAGUAAACUGAAGGAGGCUUGUGGUUUCGAAUACACCAACAAACUGCAGCGCAUGUUCCAGGACAUUCAACUCUCCAAAGAUCUCAACUCGAAUUACAAGGAUCACCAAGAAAAGACCUAUGAUGACGACGAACGCAAAAAGAUGACCUGCGAGCGGUUCCAGCAAUUUUACUUCGGCAAGCACAAUGGUCGUAAGCUGACCUGGUUGUGGCAACUCUGCAAGGGCGAAGUUAAGGCGAAUUACAUUAAGAACGCCAAACUCCCCUACACCUUCCAAGUGUCUACUUACCAAAUGGGCAUCUUGCUGCUGUUCAAUGAGACUGACACCAUGGGCUACUCCGACAUCCAAAAAGCGACAGCACUCGGCCCUGAAGUCCUUGAUCCUAACCUCAGUAUCCUUUUGAAGGCGAAGGUGCUCCUGGCAAGUCCGGAGGGUGCCAAGCCUGACCCUUCCACCACAUUCUCCCUCAACUACAACUUCAAAAACAAGAAAAUCAAGGUCAAUCUCAACAUCCAGAUUAAGUCGGAGCAAAAGCAAGAAUCGGAUGAUACCCACAAAACCAUAGAAGAGGACCGGAAACUUCUGCUCCAGGUACGAGCCAAGCCCCCCCUCCCAGACCCUCUCCACGCCUCACUAUGCAUUGUUCUGUUCUUUACUAACGCUCACCAGUCGGCCAUCGUCCGUGUGAUGAAAUCUCGAAAGAAGAUGAAGCACGUUCAAUUGGUGCAAGAAGUCAUCCAGAUCGUCAAAUCUCGCUUCCCGCCCAAGAUCCCCGAUAUCAAGAAAAACAUCGAAGCCCUCAUGGAAAAGGACUACAUCGAGCGUCUCGACGGGGAUGAAAUUGCUUACAUUGCUUAA